CCUUACCUGAGAAUUAUCAAACGAGAAGCAUUUGCUUUUGUGGCUACAGAUGACAAAUAUGCCGAGCGAGCCCUGGUAGCAGCUUUAUCUUUGAAAAAAGUGCAAACAACUAAGCCAAUGGUCCUUAUCUGUACUCCGGGGGUAGUCUCUAUUUCAAGGUGAGGUUUCUAGGAUUAGCCUUCACUUGGAGGGGAAAUUUGACUCUUCAGUUCAUAGCGGUGAAAAACAGUAAGCUUCAGUCACGAAAAAACAAUUGAGCUCAGUGAGAAUCUUCACGUUUUUAUCCCUAUUACACGCGUCACAUUGUGGUACGUUACAUCUUGGAAGCAUUGAAGCUGAAAUCCGGGGGUUACUGCUGACAAUUCUUGGUGGUAUUGUGCUGCCCGGUACUCCAAAUAAAAAAAUGUAGUUCACAAACCCUUUUUCAGACCAAAAAAACAAGGGUCACAAACGCGACAUACAUCUUUGCACAGGAAGCAGAAAUUAUUUAGAUUAGAACGUUAACAAAAAUCCAUUUCGAAUUCGCAUGUUACUCUUUGAAGCGACAAAUACGUUCGAAACCCGUAUCCGAUUCCAGUUAUUAAACAAAUACAUUUCAUGUUGCCGUACGUCUGUUCAGUAACAGAUCAUAGAUGACGUCAAAAUAUGUUAAAAACAAAGAAGUGGCACACGAGCCGCAGGCGAGUGUGUCACUGAUGUUUUUACCACAUUUUGACGUCCUCUGUGAUCCAUUACUAAACAGACCCAAGGCAACCUGGAAUCUAUUUGUUUUAUACAAUGAUCAGAAACGAAAAACGACCGAUACACAUACCUGCCGCGUACUGCUUGACUUUUCGAGGAUUUGUGCUAGUUUAGGAAUUUUUUUAAGUCCUAAGCGCUACCUUUCGUCUCUGCUUUUUCUUUAUUUUACUUGUAUACAGUUUCUUCGAAACGUUUUUCAACGUCUUUUGUUGCACAAAGCAGAAUACUGCCAAAAACAUUUUGCAAAACAGCGAGUCUCUUGUGGCGAUGACACACGAUGGCAAUCGUAGUGAAGAUUUCUUGUGGUUUAGGCAUUCUCAAAUAGUCAAGAGCUUUUUUUGUCUCCGUUUCUCCAUUUUUCUUCUUUGUAAAUAGCUCCUGCUAAACUUUUUUCGAGGCUUUUACUUGCUUUAAUCCGAAAUAAUCUGACAAACAUUUUCAAAACCGCGCGCCAUGUUGAACAACAACAACAACAACAACAACAAAAACAGGUUUCCCGUGACGACAUCCUUGUAUCUAUACUCUAAUAGAUCAUGGGCAACGACCAAUCAAAGCGCGCGUCGCAUUUACGUCAUUGUAUAAACAAAUGUCUAUAUGCGCAAAAACUAUACCCUUUGAGGCGGCACAUACCUAUAUGGCUAAUAUAAGGGAGUAAUUCCGCCCCCCCCCCCCCCCCCCCCCCCCCCCCAAAAAAAAAAAAAAAAAAAUUUUUUUUUUUCCCCCUCUCAAAAAAAAUUGUUUUUUUUAAGACAAUGAAGAUAAAUCUGGCUACAAAAACCAACAACAAAAAAAACAGAAAAAACACUAUUACAGCACACGUAUAAAAAAAACAUACAAAACUUAUCGUUUAUAAGACACUGGGCCCAACAAAAAAAAAGAGCCCGCCCCUUUUAUCUCUUUUUUAAAAAAAAUGUUUUAAUGGCCAAAAAAAUCACCCUUUGGGGCGCCCACCCCCUAAUUGGCAAAAAAAAAGGAGAAAUUCCCCCCCCCCCCCCCCCCCCACCAACGCUGAAAAAAAAUUAAACUAAUUUUUUUAAUCCCAGGUUUAAAAAUUUUGGUGUCUUUGACGAAAUUGAGAUUAGACCUGAGCUGAACAUACCUCAAAAUGAACAGAAUCCAAACCUUUUAUUGAGACCUUGGAUUACAAAAACGUUUACAAAACUCAACAUCUGGACUCUGACAUCUUACACCAAGAUAGUCUACCUGGACACUGAUGUCUUGGUUCUGAAGAAUAUCGACGAUCUAUUUCAACGUGAUGAGCUUUCAGCUGGGCCUGAAGAUUUGUGGCCAGACGUCUUUAAUAGUGGAGUUCUGGUGAUAGAACCAUCGAUGGCUACAUUUACGAGGCUAAUAAAGGAAGCAAAGUCUAAACCAAGCUGGGAUGGUAUGAUUUAAGCGUCAUCGUUUCUUGACUAAUCCCCUAGCAAACUUUAAAAUGAUUGGGGGACUUUACCUUGUGUAAGCUGAUAACUCUCUCCAAUUAAAAUACCGUAAAUGACUUAUUAAACGCCCACUUCCAAAUAAACGCCUCUUAUCCAUGAUAAACACCCCCUCUAGGCUGUUAAAAUUCUAUUAGAUGCCGCUCUCUAACAAACGCCCCCUGUCCAGUAGAUUCCCCCUGCUCCAAAACACUAGGAAUUAGCAUUCAAUUCAUUCAAUUCCUUGCUUGACUAAUAAGGCUUUGCGUAUUUCAUCAUUUUCAAUGUCAAGUUUAAAGUAAGGAUAGACUAACGAUGGCAACACAAUAAUAAUAAUACAGUAACAAUGGCUUAGGAAUCAGACACAGUGGAUGUUGGCCAGAUUUGAAAGAGCGACAUGGAUCUCUAGACAGCUUAGUAGUAUCAAUUGAUGGGGUGAAUAUUCCAAUGUUUUAAAACUCUCUUGAUAUUUUCGCCGAAAGCAGAUUAGUUUUGUUGAGCUUGUUACAGUUAUGAGAAUAGAGGCCUCUCUCUUUUCAAGGCUUCCUAUCUAUUAAAUGCCCCCGCUUGGACCCCUAAAAUUAAAAAGACGCCCCGGGAGUUUAUUAGGUCAUAAACCCGGUGAACUCAUUUGUGAACACAGAAACGUAUACAAGCGCAACAGUUCAACAAGCAGCCAUGCGUAAUUCAUCCGGAAAACUACUUUUCAAAAUCCCUCUCGUAGACUUGGGAGGGGAAAUUCCCCAACAGGGGUAUAGAUGGUAUAAAGUUUUCGCUACUCUACGAGGAUCGAGAAAUAUCUACGGCCUUGUGUAGGUCUAGCCGCUCGGUUCGCGAGGCAGCCGCUCUUUUAGCGCAGUAUUUUCAGUGGACAAUACUAUUUUGUAUCUGAUCAUGUUAUCUGGUUUAGCAAAUUCGCAAGACAGACAAAGUGUUCGUAGCUGAGUUGAGAAUUCGUCAAAUGUUUGGCCCAAGGUUUUCGAGUGAUCCCAGAACUGAUAUCUCGGUACCGCUCUCUCCAACGUAGUCCACAUUAGAUCAUAGUCGUAUCCUCACCUUCGAACCAAUCUAAACUAUCGUAAAUCUUUUAACCUUCAGGUCCGAGCCAGUCUUGUACCAGUAAGCAUUUUCAUUCGUUGAGAUGUUAACAAGGCUUCCUUUGAAGAUGUAACCACGCUCUUUCUUAAAGGCUCUUAGUGCUUCCGGGCGAUUUUCAAGGCGAGGGUUGAACUUCGGUCUUUCAAAUUUCGUUAUGUUUCAGUAAAAAAUCCUGAGUUUUGAGCUGGGACAGCUGCGGCAGCUUCGGCGCCUUCCUCCGACUUGUUUUACCACAAAAGCAGAAGACAGAAAUUAUCGGAUUUUCUCCUCUAGAGAGUCCCGAAAACACAGAGAAAAUCCAAAGAAUCAAACAGAUUUUACCACGAUCCAGUCGAUUGUAGUUUUGGCACGAAGAUGUUUGAUCAGUAUUUUCGGAUCAGAUUUCCCCAAUCUCUCCACUUUAAGACUCCAAAAACGUCCCACAGCUGUCCUAGAGACUUCAAGCAGCAGUUUCGUGGCUCUUUGCAUUCCUGGUACCAUGUUACAUAGACAACACAGCAGAUGUUCACCAACGCAGCAUUUAAUAUUCCGAACAACAUGUCUCCCCUUUCCCUUUCCCUUUCCCUUCAUGCAAAAUGUCGAGAUACCACAAGCAUACCACCCUCUAACAGCAAUUUGCUGGUAAGGAAUGUAAAGUCAAAACCGGAGUAUAUAAAACUUCUUUUGUUUCUAGGUACCGAUCAAGGAUUGUUAAAUGAUGUUUAUGGUAACUCUUGGCGCACUGUCCCGAUUAGGCGCCUUCCUUAUACUUACAAUAUGGCAUAUUCAACAUUCAAAAUUUAUCGAAGUGCAUAUGACAGGUAUGACAUCAGAUUGUAGGUGACUACUUUCUUUUCCCAGUAGGUAUAGCAUUUUGUAACGUCCUUUUCACGAUGAACCAAACAUGUCUCCUCCCUACUACUCUGAGUACCAGUGUUUUUUGUGUUUUUUUUUUCGCUUGCUGUGAUUUAUAUCGUUGGAGAUACUUCGGGGUCGGCUACAGGCCGAUCCAUCUUCGAAGUGGAAAGAAAAGAAUUGACUAAAACCAGAAACUGCGCAUGAAAGUUUUUGGCUCUAAGGGUAACUCCCCACCCCUUCCCUUCGGUAACUGAAACACAGUACCGUUACUUCUCGGUUUUUGUUCACAAGGCUCUUUCUUGGCUCUAUAGUUACUCUCUCGCCCAGGGUGCAAAUCAAUUUUUCGUUUCUGGGAUUUAUAGCAGAGAGUUUAAGUAUCAGGUAAAAGGCAAACAGCAAACGUUAGAUUCAAAGUUGAGAAUUUCUCAAAAUAGAACAUAAGCAAUAAAAACAGCUCAAAACAAUUCUUAUGGAUAAAAUAUUACGUGAAACUACUAAUUUAUGUGUUGAAAUAAUGGACAGUAAACGACAAGUAAAGGGGAAACUUGGUCACGUGGUACAAAUUCGCGUUUGCCUUUAGACGUAAACGUAAUGCUUAACCUCUCUAGUAACACUUACUUUUCACUUCAUAAGUAAAGGUAAAGAUCAGUCCUCAUGAGAUUCAAAAUCGCUUGGAGUUUUUCCUGUCCCUUUCGUUGCCUUUAAAUUGAAAGGGAACGUUUUUUAUUUUUAUAUAUUUGUUUUCUUCUAGAUAUAAGGAUGAAGUUAAAGUUGUUCAUUUUCUCGGAACACUAGAGAGAAAGCCUUGGGAAUUCAUAUUUAAUGAAUCCACAAAUCAACUGGAGCCCGAAGCAGAUGUUUAUGUAAAGAAGUGGUGGAAACUUUACCAAUCGUUAUCGAAUGGCUAA